GCUUUUGAAUUCUGCCAUUUGAUGUUACUUAUCUUACACUAUCAACGGCGCUUUCCUUUCUGUUGAUGCAACUUUAAUUAAAGGGUGAGCUUGUUGUGUGCGCGUCACGUGUUCGUCUCUGCCGGUGACGCGCAUGUGUAUGUGAAGCGCGUGCCUGUCAAACGUUCAUUGUGUCCGUGUCAGACGGGCUGGGACGCCAGAGUAUUCAAUGAAGACAUGCUGCGUCUCCGCUGCAAAGCCAAGAAUGGGACUCACCUCAUGCAGGGGCUGACAACCCUAUCUUGUGUACAUGAACUGAAGGACAAGGUAGCAGAGCUGACGGGUAUUCCUUGUGAAGUGCAGAAGAUCAUGGUGGGCUUUCCACCAUCCAGCCUAGAUCUCAGCAAUGGAGAUGCCUACCUCCGGGAUUUCCCAAUUAAGUCAGGAGACACACUGAUUGUUGAAGAGGAGAAAAAUAAAAUGACAUCACAUAGCGUUGGAAACUCGAAAACGUCUGGUAUCCAGGUGAAUGACUCCUCUCCUGUCCUUGCUAGACGUGUGGUUCCUGCAGAUAACUCCUGUUUGUUUACCAGCAUUUUCUAUGUAGUGGAAGGAGGUGUUUAUGAUCCAACCUGUGCACCAGAAUUGCGGAAUCUUAUUGCACAGAUAGUGGCCAAUGACCCCCGAUCAUAUUCUGAGGCAGUACUGGGAAAAUCAAAUAGAGAUUACUGUAUUUGGAUCCGACGUGAUGACACUUGGGGAGGGGCAAUAGAGAUUUCAAUACUGUCCAAGUUUUAUCAGUGUGAAAUCUGUGUGGUGGACACCCAGACUCUUAGGGUGGACCGGUUUGGUGAAGAUGUAGGAUAUACCAAGAGAGUCCUACUAAUAUAUGAUGGGAUUCAUUAUGAUCCCCUACAGAAAGUGAUUGCAGGGUCAGAUGCUCCACCACAAACCAUCUUUUCAACUAAUGAUGACAUCAUCCUUGUACAAGCAUUAGAACUGGCAGAUGAAGCCAGAAAGAAGCGUCAGUUUACUGAUGUGCAGCGCUUCUCUCUCCGCUGCAUGGUGUGUCAGAAAGGUUUGGUUGGACAGUCUGAAGCUCGUGAACAUGCAAAGGAGACAGGACAUUCUAACUUUGGAGAAGUGUAAUGCGCGGCUGCUGUGAGACACCUUCUACCUCACAGGCCCACUUUUUACCAUGGGGCUGCUGAUACUAAGCUAAUUUCUUCUUUGCAGUAUUAAAAAAAAAAAGAAAGAAAGAAAUGGAAGCUGGUUCUAGAUCACAGGUUUCCAAACUAGUUCCAUUAUGUUUAUUAAAGUUACACAUGUUCUACUGUUACACAUUAAAAUGGAAAAAACAAAAUCAGGGAGGUCAUUUACUAUAGUUCUGUAGCAGAGUGAGCGUGUAAUCGGAGAAGUAUGUGUUUUCCGUAAUUUAAAUUAUUUUAUCAGUAUAUCAUUUAUGUAGCUUUUAAUGAAAAAGGAAGACCUACAUCAGCUGAGCUGUGAAAGGAAAAAAAUUAAUGCUGUAUUGUAUAUCUGGAUUUUAACAAGCUGGAAUUUUCAUAUUGCAGAUCAAAAGAGUUGGACUGGCUUGUUGGACUAGUGUCCUGAGCCUAACUGAAGCACUACUUAAAGCUAGGGGUAUUCUAUUUUUCUGGCUGUUAUUUUUCACUCAGAACAUAUUUGACUGAGUAAAUUGAACAAAAGGAAAAUUAUUUAUUGAUUAACUUGGCACUUCAAACAGUAAGGAUUGCUGAUCAAAGAUAUGUAUUAAUUGGAAAUAAAGAAUAAUGUCGAUGAGUUUGUCACAUGCAAGAGGACUUCAUUUUUUUUCUUCCUUUCAGAAUUAUUAAAAUAUUAGUAAGACUCGAUUAGCAUUAACUGGGAACUGACAUACCUAAUUGGAUAAAAAGACAACUGUAAAAAUGCAAAUGUGCAUCUGCACCCACUUUCUUUUCUGCAUUCUAUAGGCACAUUACUGUGCCUUAAGGAAGUAUUGAGCAGCCUAUUUUUUGUACUUUCUUCUUGUUGUCUUGUACGCCAAAUUUUUAAAUGGAUUGUUUUCUUUCCUUAGUGAUGUAUUAAGCUUUGCCCACCAUGCUAAAGCUGAAAAUGUCAAAAAUGUAUUUUUAACACCAGAUAUAAAAUGGAGAUUUUCUUAUAAAAGGAUGCCAGAGUUUUCUUGGCAAUCUGUUAUCUCCGCAGGGGAGAAAUGCUUGUGAUGAGUUUCACCUCUGUGGGAGUUAGUAGAGCACCUGCUUUAUGUUAUUAAUGUAUGAGGAUAAAUUCCUGCCUGUGUUGAAGUCCCACAGUAUUGUAAGUUUUAAAGAAACAUUCACAAAGAUGCAAGAGUAUUAUAAGUGAGUCAUAUCUAUUUGUGGACAGGACAAAAAGGUGUGGGGUACAAACCAUUGUAUCAACAUUAAACAUCCUUCAGAGUUAUCACUAAAUCAGGCCGUCCCUCUAAAUUUGGUUGGGAGACAACAGAUGUUACUGCAAAACCAGGUUUUAUUGUAAAAAUAUGUGUUUACAGCAUCAACAGUUUAUUACACAUAAUGGCAAGGAAGAAGCCUUGGCUGAACAAGUACUGUAACCUUAUAAUUGUGCCCUAAAAGUUAUUGCAGAUAAUUGGUGAAAAGUGUUAUCUUUUGAGGUGGUUCCCAUACAAUAAAGUGUAGUGGUAGCAGCAUGUUUGGGUAUGGUUUUCAGCAGCAGUAGUUGUUGGGUUGGAGAAAACGGUACAAGUAGAGAGAGAUUAAACCGUGUGUGCCUCUGACAGAACACUGAAUUUCAGAAA